AUGAGAACUCUCCACGCUGGAUUUCUCAUACCCCUUGCCCUUGUGCUAGGAAUGUUGAUCAGAGGCUGCCAUAUUGUUACACAAUCCUCCUUCCCUAGGUCUUAUCAGGGCCCCGUCUGCUAUCUCCCUAGUUCAAGUGUUUCAAUCGACCCCCGCCACCCCAUCUGUGCUCCACGAGGCGUUACUUCCGACACUCUUCGUCUGGGAGAUUAA